AUCAUAAAAAAAUAAAAAUAAAAACACAAGAAAGAUAACAGAAGAACAUUUUCGGCGAUAAAAACAAAAGUGUUAAAAGUGUUUUUUUUUUUAAAGGAAUGAAAAGGAACGGCGAGACGAAGCGGCGGAGGAACGUGGCGGAGGAGGCGGAGCAGGGAGGAGGAGGAGAAGAUCCGGCGAUGUGGGAGAAUCUAGAUCGGAAUUUCAGACAAGUGCAAUCGGUUUUGGACAGAAACAGAUCACUGAUCCAGCAAGUCAACGACAAUCACCAAUCGAGAAUGGCUGAUAACAUGUCUAAGAACGUCGCUUUGAUUCAAGAACUCAACGGAAACAUCUCCAAGGUUGUUUCCAUGUAUUCUGAUCUCAACACUAAUUUCUCAUCGGCGUUUCACGGUGCUAAGAACGGUCACGACGGUGGUGGUUCUGCCGGAACCAGAGCUAACUAAUCAACCGGAUCAAAUUGAUCUUUAUUAAUUAGUUGGACCGUCCGGUUUGGAAACUCUGAAUUAUAAGUCGGUUUAAGCUAUGGUCUCUUAUAAUGUUAGUUUUAUUGCAAUGAUUGUCGUUAGAAUAAUCCGUGGGAGAAAACCCAUCAUUUGGGUUAUUUUAAUUAUGGUUUGAGUCUUUUUCAAUGUGUCUCUACUGCAAUUUCUCUAAUAAUAAUAAUAAACUGAUGUUACUUAUUAGCUUAAUCUCGAAUGAUAACAGACGUUACAUUA